AUGGCUGCCCUCCUCCAACUCCACGCCAUCCGCGCAAAAACAAAAGAACAACUCCGAACCCUCAACCUAACCUCGACCCCUCCUCCCAUCCGAUCCCACCUAAGCCCCUACGAACCCCCUUUCGAACGCGACCCAAAAGCCUUCCCCCAAGACGAAGAAUCCCACGACCCCUCCGACACCAGCACCACCCCCUACACCUCCCUCCCCGGCAUCUCCCUCCAACCCACCCAAACCGGCUCAACCUUCUACCUCGUAACCUGGGACUCCCCCAGCGACCCCACAAACCCACGCAACUGGCCCCUAUCCAAACGCCUAAAAAUCCUCUUGCUGCUCGACCUCGUCGCCGCAAUCGUAACAACCGCGAGCUCCAUCGAAGCACCCGUCGCCCCGCAAAGCGCCGCUUUUUUCGGCGCCUCGGAAUCCCUGCAUGCGUUUUGCAGCACGGGUAUCUAUCUGCUGGGGUUUGGACUCGGCUCGCUGGUUGCGGCGCCGGCGUCUGAGAUACUCGGGAGGUACCAGGUGUAUUUGUAUUCGCUGGUGACGUGCGAGGCCUGGCUCAUUGGCGCGGCGCUCGCGCCGAAUCUUGCCGCGUUGGCGAUAUUCAGGUUUUUGGCCGGAUGCUUUGCGUCUGCGCCGAUGACGGUGGCGGGGGGGAGUAUGAGCGACCUUUGGUCUACGCGGGAGAUGACGUGGACGUUUCCUUUAUUCGGGGCGAUUUGUUUUGGGGGUCCCGUACUGGGGCCGUUGAUUGCGAGUUUUAUUGGAGAGAACGAGGUUGUGAGUUGGCGGUUGGCAGAGUGGAUUAUUGUGGUGCUGAAUGGGGUUUGUAUAGUGGUUGUUGCGGUGGCGAUGGAGGAGACGUACCCACCGCAGUUGCUGAAGUUGAAGGCGAUGCAGUUGAGGAAGAUGACGGGGGAGGGGCGGUUUAAGACGGCGAAGGAGCAUGAAGAUGAGGGGCUGGGGAGUAAGCUCAAGAAGAACUUUACGAGGCCGUUUCGGUUGGCGCUGGAGCCGAUUGUGGUUUUGCUGACGUUCUACAAUACGCUUGUGUAUGUGGUGUUGUUCACGUUCCUCGUGGGUUACCCAUACAUAUUUCAGAAGAUUUACGGAAUGAGUCAGGGGCUCAAGAACUUGUGCUUCCUUGGUUUGCUAGUUGGGAUCAUGCUAUCAGCAGCUCUCAUUCCCUUUAUUUGGACAAAAACAGAGCGUCUGUGCCGCGAGAAAAGUGAUGACGGGUCGGGGAAAUCGAUUCCCCAGGAGUCGCGACUGAUGUUUGCGAUGUUUGGGGCGCCAUGCUUACCGAUUGGGCUCUUCUGGAUGGGCUGGACAAGCCAUGAAAGUAUAUCAGUUUGGUCGCCACUUGCCGCCUCGGUCGUUAUUGGUUUCGGUACGGUAUGCAUAUUCAUGAGCACUUACCUGUAUAUCAUCGACAGCUAUCAGAUGUAUGCUGCAUCUGCACUGAGCUUCCAAAGUACAGUGCGUUAUGUCAUAGCCAGCGUUAUGACGAUUGGCGGUACAACAAUGUACAGGGACAUUGGGACGAGCUGGACGCUGACCAUUCUUGGGUGUAUUGCCAUAGUUGUUACUCCUGUUCCAUAUGUCCUGUACCGCUAUGGUCCAAUCAUUCGUGGGAAGAGUAAAUUUGCUGUUAGAUAG